AUGGCAGAGAAGCUUGGGCCUGCGGAGGCUGACUUGGGCGCGGCGCUGCGUUGUUUGAUCUUCGCGAGUGGCAUCAUCCUCUCUUUGGGCGCCUAUGGCGUGCUCCAGGAACGUAUCAUGUCCGAACCGUAUGGGGAUGAGUACUUCAAAGUCUCGGUCUUCCUGGUGCUAUGCAACCGUCUCGCGGCCAUCCUAUUCGCCGUCCUGAUGGUGGCAGUGAAGCGGGAGAGCUACGUCGCCACGGUUCCGAUCUGGAAGUACUUGGCCGUGUCCUUGUCCAACGUGUCGGCGACUUGGUGCCAGUACGAGGCCCUAAAGUACGUCUCUUUCCCAGUACAGAUGCUCGGGAAAAGCUUUAAGAUGAUGCCUGUCAUGCUUUGGGGCAUUGCCAUCUCCGGCCAGAAGUACAAGACUUCCGAUUGGCUGAUCGCUGCAGGCGUCACCGGUGGAGUCACUGCCUUCCUCCUGACAGGCGACAUCAAGUCCAAGCAUGCCAACCAGGACAGCAGCGUGUACGGCUUGCUUCUGCUGGUGGGCUUCUUGGCGUGCGAUGGGUUCACGUCCACCUUCCAGGAGAAGCUCUUCAAGGAACACAAGACCUCCAAGUAUAACCAGAUGCUCUACGUCAACGCAAGCUCCGCCAUUGUGUCUGGCGCCACGCUCCUGGCAACCGGCGGAGCAAGCAAGGCUUUGGGCUUUGUGAGCAGGCACCCCGGCAUUGUCUUCGACGCCUCCUUCCUCUCAGCCUCGGCAGUGACGGGGCAGUUCUUCAUCUACUCCCUGGUGAAGGAGUUUGGAGCCCUGGUCUUGGCCGCAACCAUGAACAUGCGGCAAGUCCUCUCCAUCCUGACAUCCUACAUCGUGUAUGUCCAUCCCAUCAGUAUGGCACAGAUGCUCUCCCUCGUGGCGGUGUUCGGGUCCCUCUUCUACAAGAGCUACAUGGGCUACGCGAAGAAGAAAGCGACGGAGGCCGCCAGUGCAGCGCCCCAGGCUGUCGGCAAAGCCACAGAGGAGGAGAUGGAGCAGCUGAAGGGGGACUCGACAGCCAAAGACGCCAAAGACACAGAAGAGGGCGAAGUUCAGUGGAACGAUAAGAAAUGA